UACUUUUCAUAUUUUAUAGUUUCAUUAAAGUAGGAUCCUUGUCGCUAAUGUGCGAUAGAGAUCAUUCCUAUGUUGCUUAACUUCGGUAUAAAAUUCAUUUCUCAUUUCCUUUUCACCAUCUUUCUUUUACUAGGAACAAAUGAGUCAAAUCAUUUUAGAUAAUAUUCGUAACGAUGAGACUGUAUACCAUAGAUUUGUCAUUGUUCAUGGUAGGGUUACCAAAAUAAAUUCUCACACUUCCCGAAUCGUAACCGUGAAGCAGCACAAUGAUACAUUCCCCGAACAAGCCUGGGUCGUCACUGGCUCUUACUUCAAAGCUCUUGUUCACGUCGUGCCAGGCGUAAAUGACAUCCGAUUUCGAACAGACACUGGGUUUGAGCUCCCUUUACGCUUGAAUUACCAAGUAUUAAAUGAUAACCCUUUCUAUCGGAUUGGCCUUGUUGUAGGAAGAGAUUCUGAUUUAAGAUUUGACGCUCCUUAUGGUAUGAAGAAUGACCUUGACGAAGCGAUCCGUAAAUUGCGCUGCGCAGCUUAUCUUUGGCAAGCCUUUACCGCAGAAUGUAUGUACAGAAAUGGAUUCGGUAGGCGUACAUUUCGUCUGGAAGAAGAAAUCCAACCUGACACAAUGUCUUGUCAAUCAAAAUGGGGUACUGAAAGGUUAACUGCUUCAAUCCAUGUUUUGAGAUCAGAGAAAACAGCUGAGGAAAUUCGUUCUACUCCUCCUGAUCAGCUUUUCCAUGUCGCUGGGAACGCCGUUGAUAACCUGAAUCUCCCAGAGCCAUGGCACUACGUCUGCAUGCUGUUAGAUACCCGCUAUAAUCCUUCUUCGAAAGAAGUCCGAGGUCAUGUCGCGUUAGGAGGUGGUACUGAUAUGCACAAAUUAGGAGUUUUUGGUUCACAUUCUUUGCAUUCUUUUCCUAGCGCAGUUGAAUAUGUGGUACCUGUUUUCAGUGAUGCCCGAAGGGUUCCCGAUUAUUUAGCAAAUGAUGCCAAUGAAAGCUCUACUGUUUGGGAGUGUGCUAAUAUUGGAAUUGGAGCUAUACUUCAUGAACUUGGCCAUACUUUAGGGUGCCCCCACCAACCUGACGGCAUUAUGCUACGUUCUUAUCCAAUCUUUAACCGUAGUUUUACAACGAGGGAGUUUGAAUGUGUCCGAACAGGAAGUAAAGGCCUUGCUCCCGUACUUGCGAAGGAUGAAUGCUCCUGGCAUUACUUGGAUCUACUGAGAUUCUAUUAUCAUCCUUGUUUCCGACUUCCUUCUGACCACGUUUAUCCUACAGAUGUUGAAACAAGCUACUAUGUACGUGACGAACAGAUAGUUUUCACGAAUAAGACUGGGAUAUUCCUUGCGGAAAUCGAAUAUAAUGGUCAGACUAAGGGGUGGAAGAUUUUCAAUCCUCCUACGGAAGAGGCUGGUUUUACUGACGCAGAAAUACGAUCCCUUUCAAAUGCCAACCCUGGACAAGAUUAUCGUAUUCGCAUCCUAUCUAGGAAUAAUAAAGCCAUAGAUUUAAGUGAUAUCCCUGGUAUCAUCAGGAAUGCAAAAAUGUCUACCAACUUUGGAAACGUAUAUCGCUCCGAAAGAUUUGGUCUUCGUGGUUGCAAUGGGAACGAAUUGUCUGAUCUGUUGUUUCAACCUGAUAAGAAGAUUACUAAAAUACGCGUGCAUUGUGGUCUUGCUUUAGACGGUAUUGAAGCCUUUUUUGGCUCAGAUUCUGCCCUUCUUGGAAACCGUGGGGGAAGUCCUCACGAUUUCGAUACAGAAGGUAGUCGCAUUUCCGGGUUUCUUAUUCGCAGUGGAGCCUGGGUAGAUGGAAUUAGUAUUAUUUUGGAAAACGGUAACACCAGCCCCUUUUUUGGUAAUGCGAAUGGCGGUGGUCAAAAACUAUAUAAAAUUCCUGAAGGCUCCAGAUUGGUUGGCUUUUACGGAACACUAGCGGGCUUUAUGGAUUCUGUUGGAUUUUUCAUUCAAUAGAUUUGACAGCUUUGGAGAUCAUUUAUUUUCAUAUAGCUUAUUUAGAAUUUUUUGUAACUCUUUUCAGUCCUUUAAGAAUUUUAGAGCUAAGAAAACCAUCAGAUUCAUGUUAACUAGUUAACUUUCUAUCAAUGUCAUGAUUAGAUCUUUUAUUGUUCUUCCA